UGUUUGUUUUAAUGUGUUUUUGUUUAACUGUGCUAAUUAUAGCCAUUUUGUGCUUCCAUUACCUUCCAUCAUUGUUCCGCGGUUUUUCGUACUGUUCGCACGUACUCCUGUCUUCUGCUUUCGCUUGUACCUUUUCUUGGCACGAUCUCGGUAUUCGUUCAAUACCACGAGAUCGCCAACGAAAUAAAUCUGGUUACGUUCAAUCCUCGCCUUCUGAUCUAAUUGGCACGUGUUUCUUGGUAGCGGUGUUCACAGUUGAUCUCAACUCGACGCCACGCUACAAUUGGUGAUCCCAAAGUUUGGAACACGCCGCAACCUCGGGUCAAAUCUUCCAAAGAAGUCAAUUUGGUGAGUCUAUUAUUUAUCUAUCCACGUCUGUCGUAUAUUUUCAUAUUAAUUUUUAAUAUAUAAUAUACAUGACAUGACGGAUAGCGAGAAGAAUACUAUUAAUGUUAUAGACUCAGACGUACAGGCCAUUCAUUUUCGACCUGUAUCAUUUAUCCCCCACGACCCUGAGGUCUGGUUUGCUGCAAUUGAGUCUCAGUUCGAGACUCGUCGUAUCACGAGCCAAAGGCAAAAAUACGCCUACGCUCUUGAAUCGUUACCCGGGGACCAUUUGGUAGCUGUUCGUGAGGUCGUCCUCAAUUCUAACGUGCCUAAUGUUUAUGACCGCCUCAAGGAGGCAAUUCUCCGACAUUUCCUCCCAUCAAGGGAGGAACGAUUGAGGACCCUGUUAGCACGUCACCCCCUGGGUGAUGCUAAACCAAGCCAUCACCUCACGCGCCUGCAAUCUCUUGCAGGACCAAAAGCAUCUGACUCGGAGAUAGUUAAGGAAUUAUGGCUCGAGUCACUACCAGCCCAUAUCCAACCUACUGUGACGGCACUGCUCGAGGACUCACCGCUUAACCAGGUAGCCCUCAUAGCAGACAAAAUUUUGGCGAGGACUAGCAAUAGAGACACCUAUGUAGUUGCUUCGACGGCACGUCCUAAAGUAGACAUGGACGCCGCUCAUUCCUCAGCUCAUGGUGACAGGGACGGGUGUAUUCACGCACGUCUUAGUUUUCGAGACCGUUGUAACGUACCCCAACCCUACGUCCCCCGAGCUCGCUCAAGUUCUCGCAAACCCGUCACCACUCGCCCAAAAAGGGCGUCUUCCAGGCCACGCCGAAAGGCGGCUACGGAAGCGAGUGACAAUUGGUGCUGGUUCCAUAGGUCCCUCGGGUCUGGGGCCCGCCGUUGUCGAGCACCAUGCUCAUACAAGGCGGGAAACGCCAGCGCCGGCGAGUAAAAGCGGCCGUACUCGCCGGCCCUUCUCCCCAGGUUGGUCGCCUAUUCUAUGUGCACGAUUAUCGCACAAACGCUAGGUUCCUAGUAGACACUGGGGCCCAAGUUUCUGUCGUACCACGAGGUAGCAGCAAGUCACAAGCCACAGUGCUUCGACUACGUGCUACGAAUGGCUCAGUCAUUCCUACCUACGGUACACGACAACUCGUGGUCAACCUGGGCAACCGACGACGGUAUCUGUGGACGUUCAUCAUUGCUGAUGUUCCCACAGCCAUACUAGGUAUCGAUUUUCUACAGCACUAUGAAUUGCUUGUCGAUUCACGUAGGCUGCAGCUAAUCGAUACUUCGUCGAACAGCAAAUUCAUGGGCUGUAAAGCCCACAUGAACGCGUACCGAAUCCUCGGCACUUUUUACUCGCGUGACGAUAAAUUCCACGCUUUAUUCGAGAAAUUCCCCGUACUCACUAAACCACUCGAGGAGCUUCCAUCGGUGACCAAUCGUGUGGUACACCACAUAGUCACCCGCGGACCGCCAGUCACGGCACGACCUCGCCGACUGGCACCGGACAAAUUAGCUUUUGCUAAGCGUGAGUUUGACAAUUUACUAGCUACUGGUAUUAUUCGUCCUUCUCACAGUCCAUGGGCCUCUCCUCUACACAUGGUGCGCAAAAGAGAUGGGGUUAGUUGGAGACCAUGCGGCGACUACCGAGCUCUAAACGUAGUUACGCGCUUUGAUAGCUACCCCAUCCCCCACAUACACGACAUCACGGCAUCGCUCAAGGGCACGACUAUCUUUUCUAAGAUCGAUCUGGUACGAGCAUAUCAUCAGAUCCCAGUCGCUCUUGAAGAUAUCGAAAAGACAGCUAUCACGACUCCUUUCGGUUUGUUUGAGUUCCUACGAAUGCCAUUUGGAUUACGGAAUGCUGCUCAAACUUUUCAAAGGUUUAUCGAUAGCAUUGUACGAGACCUCGAUUUUGUUCACGUCUAUAUUGAUGACCUGCUAAUCGCAUCAUCAAACGUAGAUGAACAUUAUCAACAUCUUACGCUAUUAUUCCAACGACUUUCGGAUAAUGGAAUAGUAGUUAACCCAGACAAAUGCGAGUUAGGUAAACGAGAAAUAAUAUUUCUGGGUCAUAUUAUCAAGCAAGAGGGUAUCUUACCUUGUGAGGACAAAGUGCAAGCAAUAAAGGAGUACAACGUGCCGUCCUCACUCAAGGAACUGAAGGCUUUUCUCGGUUUGGUUAACUUCUACCGUCGUUUCAUCCCACACGCGGCAGAACGGUUACGACCACUAACCGACUUACUACGCGGCAACCCACGCAGAUUGGAAAUGAACGAUUCUGCACGUACUGCAUUCACUGAAAUCAAAACGGCUCUUGCGCAAGCCACUCUUCUCGCCCAUCCCGAUCCAUCAGCCACGCUUAGUAUAGCGGUUGAUGCAUCCGAUGUUGCUAUAGGAGCAGUCAUGCAACAAAACAUCUCCGGUAGUUGGCAACCUCUCGAGUUUUUCUCACGACGCCUUACUGCCACGGAGACGAGAUAUAGCGCUUUUGGUCGCGAGCUGCUAGCAGCCUACUGCGCCAUCAAACAUUUUCGGCACGCAGUAGAAGGACGUCGAUUCAUUUUAUUCACCGACCAUAAGCCCUUAACGUAUGCUUUGCAUACCAAGUCUGACCGCUACUCACCACGAGAGUGCAGACAUUUGGACUAUAUCUCCCAGUUCACGACAGACCUUCGUCACAUCCAAGGCAAGUCGAACUGUGUUGCCGAUGCUCUAUCACGAAUCCAAAUGAAUGCAGUUACCCUGCCGGUGCUCGAUCUUCCUGCUAUGGCUGCUGCCCAAGCAAACGAUCCCAGCUGUACAGAAGCACCACACUCUACGUCCCUUCAGUAUCAGGAAGUACCUCUAGCCACGACUUCUGGCACCAUUCUAUGUGAUACUUCUACCGGUCUUCCUCGACCCAUCGUACCCUCUGCUUAUCGCCGUCUCGUAUUCGAUGCCCUGCAUGGAUUAUCUCACCCAGGUAUCGCAGCUACAUUACGCCUUAUCGCUGCACGAUACGUCUGGCCGUCCAUGAAUAAAGAUGUUCGUAUGUGGGCGAAGCAAUGCUUGCAAUGUCAACGAUCAAAAGUGCACAGGCACGUAGCCGCCCCCCUCGGCACAUUUGCUACGCCUGAUGCUCGCUUCGAUCACGUUCACUUAGACAUUGUAGGACCACUGCCACCAUCGCACGGGUAUGAUCACAUACUCACGUGCAUCGACCGCUUCACCAGAUGGCCCGAAGCUAUACCCAUCACGUCUAUCACGGCGGAGACAGUUGCUCACCGCUUCGUAGAACGAUGGAUAGCUCUAUAUGGUUGUCCCUCGACCGUCACGACUGACCGAGGACAACAAUUUGAGUCCGCACUAUUCUCCUCACUUACUCGGCUGCUUGGUACGGAACGAAUACGCACUACCGCCUACCAUCCAGCUUCAAACGGUUUAGUUGAAAGGUUUCACCGGCAACUUAAAAGUGCUCUUCGAGCACACGAAAACGACGACUGGUACGAAACCUUACCGCUCGUUCUUUUAGGUAUUAGAACGAGUUUAAAGGCAGAUAUCCAAUGUUCCGCCGCUGAACUUGUAUACGGCACGACAUUGCGUCUGCCCGGGGAAUUCUCCACACCACGGAGCAGACCUAAUUUCGCUAAAUCAGACUACGUCCAACGACUAUCUGCAUUUAUGCGAACGCUGCCUCCGGUGUCAACUCGAAUACAACAUCGACAGGUCGCUCUCCCUCGAGAGUUAUCUACCUGUUCACAUGUUUUUGUACGAGUAGAUUCGGUACGCAAACCUUUGCAACAACCUUACGAAGGCCCUUUUCGCGUGAUCGCUCGUCACGAAAAGACCUUCAAGGUUGAUCGACACGGCCGCAUCGAGAUCGUCAGCAUUGAUCGUCUCAAACCAGCACACGUCGAUGACAGUGCCCUAUCUGACAACCUGAGAUUCAAUGCUAGACCUAGCAAACCUACUAGCGGGAUCCUCAAAUCAUCUACAGGUCCCACGCUAGAUACAUCUGAGACCUCAUUCUCACGUCCCAGUCAACAGCACGCGUCAUCUGCACCGUCUACGGACGAGACGACAGUCUCACAUCCAGAUCAGCAGACCACGCCGCCCUUCGGAUGAGAUUGCAGGCUCACGCGACGCGAACGAGACUGCCGUCUCACGUUCCGGUCGCCGAGUACGGUUACCCGUACGCUUCCGCGAAUAGUCGCACAGUCAACUACCGAUACGGUGUAGGAUUAUUCCUAUACUACACGUAUGCUACACUCUUCUUUUUUUGAUUUUCUUUUUGUUUCCGGAGCCCACGCCUUCGACCAUCUCCGUUUGGUUCCGUCGAAUUCAGUCAACUUUGGCGAAAGCUGGCCUGAUCACCCAUGCUCUUGUCAACGCACUCAGUCGAUAUAUUGGUUUCGAAUGCUUGGCACACGCUUGGUCACGAACUUGGUCGUAACGGUCGCUUCUGGUCUUUUGGCUCAACGUGAUUUCGUCCUACGUCUGCAGCGUUUCUGGUGCGCACCUCUACGAACGCCCUCUUCAGAUUCUGGAUACAAACCACUCUGGUGUAGCAUGCCAACUCAAGCAAUAAAUACAACACAUCGCUCCUGGUACCGUUCCCCGAAAACGACCUUCGUUGGCAACUCGACGAUCAACGAUCGCUUUCCUGUUCGCCAAUUCUUCCGUCCUACAAUCGCUCAUCAGCCGAUCAGUCCCACGAUUCAAACCGCUAUUUAUCGAAAGUGUAAACCCUUUCUAGCGGGGGGCUCCUGUAGUGACUCACGUUUAUCACGAGAACACGACUGGUUUAAUAAAAACAAUUAUUAUUAUAACCAACUGUACCAGUGUUUGUUUUAAUGUGCUUUUGUUUAACUGUGCUAAUUAUAGCCAUUUUGUGCUUCCAUUACCUUUCAUCAUUGUUCCGCGGUUUUUGGGUACUGUUCGCACGUACUCCUGUCUUCUGCUUUCGCUUGUACCUUUUCUUGGCACGAUCUCGGUAUUCGUUCGAUACCACGAGAUCGCCAACGAAAUAAAUCUGGUUACGUUCAAUCCUCGCCUUCUGAUCUAAUUGGCACGUGUUUCUUGGUAGCGGUGUUCACAGUUGAUCUCAACUCGACGCCACGCUACAGAUUAUGUCUAACGAGUUUGUACAAUUUUACUGCUCUUCAGUAAGUGGUAAUUGCUUGAAGAACAUUACGGCACAUUACCUCUACUUGCAUUCACAGUGUCUUACAUUUUCCUCCGUUGGUUCAGUUAUGUCUACUAGAGUACGUUUUAAAAAGAUUUGGUAAUUUCUGUUGCAUAGACGACACUCAAUACUAUUAUUUUUAUAGAAGUCUUUGUAUUCAUCCAGAUUUUCGAAAGGUGGUAGUCUUUUCCUUUAGGAAGACUACGGAAUUUCUGUGAUUUCAUAUGAAUAAAUGAGAAUUAAAAUAACUUCAUUUUCCAUAAUCCAUUUGUUGUAAUAAUGUGGUGUAUUUUUUUAACUGAAUUGGAUAAAGUACUUCGAUCGACAUGUUUGAUCUAGUUAGUGAGAAUACUUUUGUAGAGAACUUUGAUGGUUUUAGUAUUUGAAUCUGUAAAGCUAAUGGGAAAAAUAAUUUGAACAUGAUGUUAUCUACAGUGUAAGUAAAAUGUUUUUAUGUAUAGGUAUGUGAGACUUAAUGAAGAUACGAAAACAUAUACUGUCAUGGUGAGCCGAAUAUGUUUACGAUUCUCUGUAGUUAUUCUCCAUUAAUCUGAAUAGUAUUGUUAGUUCAAUUAUAAGUUUUCUAAUGCAAAACUGCGUACUACGAAAUCCUAUCGGUUUAUUUUCUUCCUGAUCGAUCCUAUUGUCAUUUAGGGUCAGAUACACGUCAUAUUUGAGCAAAUGUUUUCAUCGUCAAUUAAUUGUGAUAACGUGGUUUUGAGAGGUAAUUUGUCAAGUAAAUUUCUGGUGAAUUUAACCCAGGAGGUUCAAAUUUUGCUCUGUAAGUGAAUUUAUAAUUCCGAGUAAUCAAGCAAGACGAUAAGUUUAGCAACCUGUGAUAACUUACAAUCGAGCUGUUCCGUGUACAUGAAAUUACUCUCUCUAUGUUGAGCGAGUAACUAAACGUUCAUGAAAAAAUAAUAAAUAUAGUCUUUAAAUGGUUCGUGAAUUCCUUUGCAUCUGUAUGCUGUAUCUUGUUAAUGUGGUUCAGUACGGGCCCACGAUAUUUAGGAUCAAAACGAUUGAUCUACUGUUAUGCCAUCUGUUCUCUUUGAAACUGGCAACGGCCGUCUACACAAAGCACUUUAACCCCCGGCGGCUAACACCUGAGGAAAACAGAUCGCAGAGAACGUGAUAUUUGAGGUAAGGAAGCCGCCACACAAUGAAUUUGUGCAGAUGUUGUUGCAGUAAUGGAGAAAUAUGACCUUCAAGCAUGCAAAACUUUAGCGAACUGAAAACAAUGACAGCCAAACAGAUGGCAAAGGUCAUGAGGAAAAUUGAGAUAGAUGUGGACGCGCGAGCAAUUAUUGUUACUGAAUAUAUUUUAGCAUUUGGAGUAAGGUUUGACUAUUAUUGUAGUCGACUCGGCACUUUCUCUUUUACGAAAAUCUUUUACUGCUUCCGGAUUCAGUGGUCUUCAUUCACCGUCGUUUACUUCGUCAUGGUUACCACUGUAGCGUGGGGUCGAGUUGAGACUAACUAUGAACACCACUACCAAGAAACACGUGUCAAGUUAAUCAGAAGGCGAAAGUCGAACGUAACCAAAUAAAUCCAUGAAAUCCCCGAGAAGCCAAAUAUCAGAGGGCAGUUAAUGGACCAAGUCGAGAUAUAUUUGCUGGCGAUCUCGUGGUAUCGACAGGAUAUCGAGAUCGUGCCAGGAUACAAACUUGGUUACAGAACGUACCCGGAUUCGCGCGAAGUCACAAUCAAAGUGUAAGAAUAAGAAUGGAAGCACAAUAUAGCUGUCAUUAGCACAGUCAAACAAAAGCACAUUAAAACAAACACUGGUACAGUUGGUUAUAAUAAUAAUUGUUUUUAUUAAACCAGUCAUCUUCUCGUGAUAAAUGUGAGUCACUACAC